GUCAGUGUCUGAAAACACCACCGUGAGCCACUGAAACAGGGAUCCCAACUUUACUAGUACACUGUAAACAAAGUUUCAUUUAACUAUUUCUGUGAUAAAUCUGUGGUAUAUUUGAAGAGUAGCGAAAAUGCAAGCAGAAGUCAGCGGAGGACCCCCGGUACCCGAGGAACCUCAAACCGGUCCCGAUGGAGAGAUCAUCGGCGGACCGCGCACUCAUCAGCAGAUCGCUGCCCAAAAGAGAAUGCAGCAGACCAAAGCUCAAGUGGACGAGGUAGUAGAUAUUAUGAAAACAAACUAUGAAAAGGUAUUGGAGAGGGACGUCAAGUUAUCCGAACUCGAUGAUAGAGCAGAUGCACUCGAGUAUGGCGCAUCACAAUUCGAGCAACAAGCAAAAAGUUUGAAGAACAAAUUCUGGUUGCAAAAUCUUAAGAUGAUGAUAAUAAUGGGAAUCAUAGGCCUUGUGAUAAUAGGACUGCUAUAUCUUCGGUACAGUGGGUCGUCGUCUCCAGUGAGCGCUGCACCGGCGGCCGCCGCGGUACCUGCCGGCGGGGCCGUUGCGGCGCCCGGUGCGGUGGCCCCUGCAGCGGCCUCUACUGCUGCGCCAGCCGGUCGUUAAUGCGGAAUUCUCUACAACACUGAAGAACAAAGUUAUAAAUACACGUAUUCAUAUAACAUGAAAAAACAUUUUAUAGUAAUAAUUGGCCAAAAAGAGGUUCUUAAAAGUGCCUGCCGUUUGACAAUUUUUUUGACAAAAUAGUCACGAAACAAAUAACAAGUCAUAAGCGGAUUUCUGUAAAGUAAACAUUUCUUGAUUGAAUAAAAAUUUAAAACGAUUAUUUAGCUCAUAUUAUGU